UGGUAAAGCAGGAUAUUGUGACCAAAAAUAUCAACCUGGAAGCAACCCCAGCCCGUGGACUACCAGCAUUAAAUGCCGAGGACUGCUCUGGUGGUGUUAUCGUAUGUAAGAUGUAUGUUUUACAUACUCAACAUCACCUGCGUAUGCCAAUCAACUUGGAACCUUUCCCAGUCAAGAAUAGUGACUCCGCAUUGCCAUUGGUCGAACUGGAGGGCGAGGGGCGGGACCAGAGCCAACGCUGCCUAUGAUUGGACGAAAGGCGCGUGGAUCAUCCAACUUCAGGAGGAACUUUUAAGUUUUAAGCUGGAUGGGGAGACUUGUCUGCUGUACUGUAUCUGUGACAGGCAAUAGGGACUCAAGUAAAGCGACGCACCACGGAGACAGGCAAAGCCUCUAGGGGGCCAUGUCUGGCGGCAGCAGUGCUAACAACAGCUGGACACUCCUCACUCCUGAGGAGUCUGUCGCUGAAACCCUAAGGCCUUUGGCAGAGGGUACAGAGCACCAUGAAGAAAGCCUCACAUGUGCAGCUUCUGUGGAGAACCAGCCUGCAAACAGUGCAGAGUCUGCAGAGAGGCUCCCUGUGGAUGGCCACCUGGUACCGGAAGAAAAAACAGCAGAGCCAGGUGGAGACACAAGCACAGAGCAACACACCUCUGUGGCCACCGCUGUCAUUGAUGUCCCUGCUGCCUCCUCUUUGCAAGUCUCCGGCAGCUUCGACCCUGACAGUGAUGCACUCAGCCAGUCAGAGGGCCUACCUGAAGCCCCGGCACAGUCCAGCCAUGACCCAGAUUCAUUUUCUGACUCCUACACCCACAUAACCCCCUCCCCUGAUGAGCCCCAAACUUCACUGCUGAGCACAGAGACUCUGGGAGAGGUGGAGUUUACACAGGAAGAGGACAGGCUCGCACAGCAAGGAACACUGCAUACGCUGAAUGGGCAGGAGCUACAACAUGAAGCGGAGGAGUCUGACCUGUUUCUGAGGAGGACUGAUUUAGGGAAACAGGCAGACUCCCCUGUGGAUUCAGAGGUGGGUGAGGAGAGGACUGAGAAGACGGGAGAGGAGGCAGAGCCAGAGGUGAGGAGAAGGAGGUCCCUCUUAGCGGCUCUGGAGCGGAUCGGAAGGACAGAGGAGGAAGAGGAAGGAGAGGAAGAGUUUCAGCUGCCACAGCGGGAGGAAGACAGCGGGUUCUCUGUGAACAAGUGCAUCCUGGGUGCUGUCAUUCUGUUAGGGCUUGGCACCAUCUUUUUCUCAGGUGUCUUCAUGGACCUGGAUGAGGAGAGUGACUAUGGUACAAUGGAGCUGAAAGAUGCAGAGGUACCAGGAAAACAGGAGUGGCUUAAUCCAGAGGUUCCUCCACCCCCAGUAGAUGCUGACGGUACAGAGCUUCUAAAUAAGUUAGCCGAAGGGAACCAGCAGAUUUCUGUACUACAAGCCCAACUUCAGGCACAGAAAGAAGAGCUAAAAGUAGCCAAGGGACAGGCAGCAGAGGGAGCAAAGGAGCGGCUGCGUUGGGAAGAGGUGGAGAAGGAAAACAGUAGGUUGAAGAAAGAGAUGGCAUCUCUCCCUGUCCUUCAGAAAGAGAACGAGAGGAUGAAGAGAGAGCUGGAGUCUGUCCUGGCCCUACAGAGAGAACUAGAAACACUGAGAUCCACUGUGACUGAAUUAAAACUCCCCUCAGCAGCCAGUGAAGCAGCUCAAGCACCUGUGACGCCCACCACAUCGCCCUCCAGUGGCCAGCCAGAGGACAGCACGCAGGGCACAGCCGGAUCUGCAGAGAGACGGCCUAAGAAGACAUUGGAUGACCAGAGGGAGAAGAAGAAAGAUGUGAAGAAGGAUAAAAUUGACAUGGGCGAGAAAAAGGAGUGGAAAGAGAGAGAUAAAUCUGAAUGGAAGGAAGGAGAGAAAAAGGAGCGUGAAGAUGGAGUUAAAAUGGAAUUGAAAAAGGGAAAACAUGAGCAAGGAAAGUUUGACAAGGAGAAAGAUAAGGAAGGCAAACAAAAGAGGCACGGUGAUGAGACAAAACAAUGGAAGGAGAAAGACUGGAAGAAAGAAAAGGCCACCAGGGGUGAUGAAGGAAAGCCUUGGAAGGACAGGGAAGGGAAGAAAGAGUGGAUAGAGAAGAGUGAGAGAAAGGAGGAGAAAGACUGGAAAAAGGCAAAACAUGAGAAAGUGAAGGCGGAUAAACAAUGGAGGGGUAAGGAGAAGGAUUGGAAGGUAGGAAAAGACCAUGGAGAGAAGCACAAGGGCAAGGAGGAAUGGAAAGGAGAGAAGGAAUGGAAGAAGGGGAAAGAUGGCUACAAGGAAAGUGGCAAAGAGGAAUGGGAGGAAAAUGAUUGGAAAGAGAAGGGAGAGAAGAAAGAGUGGAAGAAAGAAGAUAGUGACUGGAAGAGUAAAAAUGGCAAAGGUCAUACUAAGGAAGGGAAAGGAAAGGGUGAAAGGAAACAGUGGGAAGAGAGAAAAAAUCAUGGUAAAGAAAGGAAGGGGAAGGAUGAGAGGAAACAGUGGAACGAGAACGAGCGGAAGAGAAACAAUGUUAAAGAUGGAAAGGAGUGGAAGAAGAAGGAUGAGAGGAAACAGUGGGAAAAGAAAGAAGAACCGUGGAAGAGAGGAGGAGAGAAAGACGGAAAACACAACGGUGAUUGGAAAAAGGACGGAUCAAGCUCCGAGAAACGCAAAGAGGAGCACAAAUAUAACGGUAAUCACGGCCACAAGGCAGAGCACCUGUGGGGAGAUGGGAAGCCUCCUCACACACACCGCCAACCCUCCGUGGGACAGCCCGAGUACUGGGUCCAGCAGAGAGACCGCCUCCAGCACAACCCCAAACCACCACAGCCAUGUGACUCCCUGGAGACCUGUGCUCAGGCUGAGGGGCUGCUCCCUGUCCCCUUCCCCGAGUUUGAGGCCAUCCUCCUGACUUACCUAGCCAAGGCACAGGAGGCGGGAGUGGAUCAUUCCAAAAGAGAAGAGCUCAGAAAGCUAGCCGCCGAAUUCUUCAAGGAUGGACUCUUUGUCCACAACCAGACGAGCUUUCAAGAGUUCGUCGAAGAUUUGGGAGAUAUUUUGGAAGACAUGGUGGAAGGAGAUGACGACGCGGAGGAAGAGGACAGCGCCAUAGAGGAAGAAAUGGAGGGGUUUGAAAUAGAAGUCAUGAAAAAGUUUUCAGUGCCGGAAGUUGUAGAGAAAAAGGAGAGAUCCAAAGGUGACCGGAGGAAGGAGAGCGGACGAGGACGUGGCUGAUGCAGUCAUAGAAUUGAUGGAUCUGACAAAAGUAUUCAAAAAGGGAACAUUUUAUAUUGGACCACAAACGCUUACAAGUAUACAUUUAUCAUCCUGUCACCCUUUUUACAGGAUCUUAUUUCACACCUUACAUCUGUUGUCCAGAAAGUUCAACUUAUGAUUUAAUUUCACUGUUCUGGGUUGUUUUUGUAUUUUACCUAUGCACAUGCACACACAUUAGUUCUUAAUAAUGGAGAAAGUGCUUGCAUCUACGUAUGUUUUUUGUGAUGGAAUUAAGAGAGAAGAAGAUACAGAGACUAGUGAUGUAUAAUGCACACAUUGCAUAGCCUUUGUGUGCUCUUUAUUCUAGUGUUCAAUCCAUAGAAAACCCCACAUCUAUUUUAUUUGGGAUUGAGCACCUGCAGCUAAUGUUGAACAUCCGUUGGUGUGAAGGUCAUUCCUGCACACAGUGCUACUUUCUCCCUUUAUAUAGGGGAGAUUACACCUGUUGGAUUGAUUUUGGUGUUACUCUGCUUUGACUCUCAUGCAGGAACAGAUACUGUAUAGUCUUAUUUACACACUGCACCUCUUCCUCUGCAAAUCACACUGUGCACUGAUGAAGUCUACCUAUUCACUGAUCCUACACUGUAACCGCAGAAUGCCAUCUUUAUGUAUUCAUUGCUUUAACCUGGCCUUAAAUGUCAGAUUAUCUUUAAAUCAUUAGUUUUUAGAAAUAGUGGCAUGAACUGCUGAAAAAAAAGUUUAGUUAAUAUUUUAUGUGAAAUUAGAGAAGUCUGAAUUUAUUUUGUUUUGGAUGUUUGUACUUGUUGCAUUAAAUGUGUAAAAGUACUAUGUUGAAAUGCAGAAAUCUAUAAUUACCUUAUUUUACAGAGGUUGGCAUAAUAUAGAUACAAAUAUAAUUGGUUGGCACAUAAGAUAUCAACAUGUUGAGCAUGUAUGUUUCUUUGCAGGUACAGAACUCAUGUUGUGCACUAAAAUUUCCUUAAUUAUUGUUUUAUCAUGAAUGGAACAUUUGUUUCUGUCGAUUAGGUCGAUCAUAGCACUGAGGUCAUGGCACGUAGUUUCCA